GCCUGAUUAAAAGGGCUCAGCCACAUGCUUUCAUUCAUUCACCGCUGUCUCUUGUCUGUCCGUUUUCGACAGCUUUUGCUGGCUUUUGCCGCUUUUGCAGUUGGCUCAUGCACUUGUUCCUGCGCUGUGCUGCCCGAAUGCCUGCGCGUACUCAAGCGUGCGGAAACCCACACACCUGUCUCCGCGCGCUCACCGCUCAACGCCGGAGCCCGUACUGCCCGUACCUCGUCCACGGGCCCACACCGCCGGUUCCGGCAGGUCCCUUCCCCGCUUCCUCAGUGCGCACACCGCCGCGACGCCGCGAACCGACAGCGGCGACGAGGACUGUGGUUCCGCACGUCCACGCGCGGAGAGUACCAGCGCCGCAAAAAUCGACUGAUCGUGCGGAAAUUUGGCGUCGACCGCGACUCUUGGCAGCUGGCGCUCCGACACGGUUCGCCGACGAGAUGCGCGUCUCCCCGUUUGACUGCUGAGAGCGUUUGACACGAGGAUGCCCGUCGACCGCCGCGGUGGGCUGGCCUCGUCGCUGUGGCCGGCGCUCUGCGUGCUGCUGUGCUGUCCCGUCCCGACGCCCAGCGCCAGCGGCCUGGACGAUGUGACCAGGCUGGCCGAGCUGGCCCUGGCCCGAUACCAGCCCCCGUUCAGCCCGGCUGCCAACGUCACCGAGAGCCUUCUCGCGCUGCUCGGAGCCCUGCAGGGAUCUAAGCUGACCGGCACCCUCGGCGCCGUCAACUGCACCAACGCGGACGGACUGGGCGCCGUACUCUGCGGCGCCGGCUCGGAGUGCCUUCCCGUGGGGGCCCUGGUGGCGGCUCUGCCUGCCGAGGGGACCCUUGCAGAGGCCCUCGCCCGCUUGUGCCCCCUGCUGCUGUUCCAGUUGCACCACCAGGACUGCUCCUUCACCCCUCCGCAGGUCAGAGGGCGGACGCGCCCCACCACUGGACAGGUGUGGGGCUUUGGCGUCCUGUCCGUGUUUGUGGUGAGCUGCUGCUCCCUGGCCGGGCUGGUGCUGGUGCCCUUCCUCAGCCACGGCCUGUACCACGUCCUGCUCAUGGUCUUCGAGGGCCUCGCCGUCGGUUCCCUGCUCGGCAGCGCCGUCUUCCACCUCAUCCCGCAGGCCUUCAACCUGCUGGGGCACGACCGGGAGCACGACUACCUGUGGAAGUCCCUUAUCGUGUUCCUGGGCAUCUACCUGUUCUACCUGAGCGACAAGCUCAUGCGCUUUAUCGCCGACUACCGACAGCGGCGUAGCAGCCAGAAGGCAGUUCUCUCCGUGGGCCACCCGCUAACCAACGGCUGCGUGCCCUCCGAGCCCAAGGUGGGCCACCCUGCAGAGCACCAGGGUCACGAGCAUGGCCUGCGCCCGGGGGACAGCGUGGCUGCGGUGGCCUGGAUGGUAAUUUUCGGGGACGGCAUGCACAACUUCAUCGACGGCCUCUCCAUCGGGGCUGCCUUCUCUGAGAGCCUGCUGGCAGGGGCAAGCAUCUCAGUGGCUGUCGUCUGCGAGGAGUUCCCCCACGAGCUAGGGGACUUUGCGGUGCUGCUUAGUGCGGGCAUGUCCACACGGCAGGCCGUGGCCUACAACUUCCUCUCUGCCCUGACCUGCUUCCUGGGCCUGGGCGUGGGCAUCCUGGUGGGGGACUUUACCCAGGGGGCGCCACACAUCUUUGCCCUCGCAGCAGGGAUGUUCCUCUACAUCUCCCUGGUGGCCAUGAUGGGGGAACUCAAUGAAGCCCUGGAGGCUGCAAGCGGGCAGGGCCUGCUGCAAUCGGUGCGUGUGUUCCUGCUGCAGAAUGUGGGCAUCAUUGUGGGUGUGGCCUUGCUCUUCCUCAUGGCCAAGUACAGCGAGAAGAUAGAUUUUGAGCCAGGAGCAAUGCCGCCGGGAGUGCGCAUCACGGCCGCCUCCCUGGGAGCGGGGACUCACAGCGGCGACUCCAGGGCUGUCUUUGGGGCUGUGGGUCUCUGACCAAGCUGCCAGAUCUACUCAGUUGCGGAACUGCCUGUAGACGCCGCUUCCAGGAGCGGUACUCUCUCUCUUUUCCAAAGGUUCACCUCCCGUCGUAUGAAGCACCACUGGUUGGGAUACGACUGCUACGGUAGCUAGUGUAUUACACAGAUUUUGAUGUGCAGCAUCUAGGUGGCACUUCACCGUGACUUCUAAAGCCACUUGAGAAAAUUCGCUUUUCGCAUUUCUUCUAAUACCCUAGUUACCUGGGAACCCUUAACCGCAGUUAAGUCUGACUUCUGCCGCACAUAACUGCAGUUAAAUGUGUAACUAGGGUUUAAAGGGGCAUUAAAGUGCGUUUUGAGAUACUCAUUUUAUGGUCAUAACUCAAUCUACGAGCACUAAGCAUCUUAAAAAAUUAAAUCAAAUCAAAUCAUUUUACUUUUUAAAGACAAGAUUACUCUCCUUGAAAUGGUCCCUGGUACAGAAGGCGAACGAGUCGCUCGACGCGGUACAUGGCCGACAUGAGGCAGGUCCAGCAGCACACAUGCAUGCACUUCAACACAAAAAAAAGAAAAAUACAGAAAAAAAGAUGGGAGAAAAAAAGUAGUCUGCACAUAUAUCAAUAACUGUAAAAAGACAGUUCAGGUUCACAUAAAAUAGAAGUUAUUACAUCCCAUAUCUACACCUACACUAAAACAUGAAAGACACGUAGUCCGUCACAAACAUCGCUUACGGUUUGUAGUAGAACGUAAGAAUGUUUACAGUGAAAAAUAUUAAAAGAGCAUCACACAAACGUUAGGUAAUGUCACAAGAAACCAGGAAUAUGUAUUACCGUAUGUAACAAGUCGUAAUUUCAAAUCUUAGACUAAAAAAGUGAUCAUAGUUCCCGACACGUACGGUUGGUGCAGAACAACAAAUGGCUCUACUGAACCUUGCUGAAUAUGGUUGAACGAUUGAUAGCGCUUGUCAGCCACUCGCGAGCGACAAGCUCACGCGCAAGUGAGCGGGGUUUGUGUGCCACUUACACAUGCGGGAACCCAUCGCUUGCAAGAAGCGGCUGACAAGCGCCGUCUGUUGUUCCACUAUAUUCAGCAAGGCAAGGUUCAGUAGUGCCAUCUGUCGUUUUGCAGCAACGGUAAGCGUUGCUAUUGUUGAUUGCUAUUUUAAUAUGCAAAUCUGUCGCACAUGAAUGUAAUUAUUUUUUUUUUGAAUAUGAUUAGAGCUCAUAGAUUGAGUUAUGACCACAAAAUGAGAAUCUCAAAACACUUUAGUGUCCCUUUAAGCACUAACAACUACUCUGGCACAAGCAUACAAGACACAUGGCUCGAGCGAGUGCUCAGCCACAAUUCACUUCCAAUACUGGCUCAUUUCAGUGCUGCGCCACCAUUUGCUUCCAAGAAGCACACGGGACAUGGCCCUCGUGCAUUGGCGGAUUUGACGCUACUUGUCAAAUGAACACAAACACAUUGGGGUGCUUUAGCUUCUCCAAAGAAUACAGUUUUGAGCUACCAGAUGACUCUUUAAUCGACGGGUGGUGGCUUUGGAAGGGAGAGGAAGGUUCCUUCUUUCGUAGGAGUUCCGCAACUGAGUUGGUCUAGUAACGUUGGCCUCCAACGACGGGGGACCAAGCAGUGUGUUUGGGGAGGGGGGAGGGGGGGGAUAGGGUCAUGCUCCGACCGAGGGACCGGCGGCAUAGCCCCCUUUAGGGCGUGCCCAACUUCACCCACGUUUCAGGACACAUGUUUGCUGUUGCAGGCAAUUUUAGCCCAGAUGUUGUCCGUUGCGUACUGCAUGACGCGCUCGCAUGUCGUUUUCUUUCCAAUUCUUUUGCAGCUGUGGUUUCAAAACGUUCGGAGGGUUUUAGUUGCCUUCGGACCCUGCGCAGCUUUUGUUGAGUCUCCUCGAUCGAGGUUGGCAUUCAGUGUGUUUCGAGCAUGGCCGAGAAAAAGCCUGGUUAGCUCGAGACAGGUACAGCUAGUCUUAGAGCGCACCGAGUCAUUUUAUGCGCACCUCACAGUUAUGCGAGGAUUAGAAGUGAAACGUUUCGCCGAAGCGAUUGUAUUUGUGAGGCUGUUGGUCGGCCUCAUCCCAUAGAUUGCGGGACGCCCAAACGCUCCUUCAACAGACCUGCUGGAGCGAAGUGAGUAAGUAACCAAUAGGAGGAGCGAUUCUUACGCUCCAAUUGGGUAGUUAGUUGCGCAAAACAAACUGCUAGUGCCGCAUAAUGAAGGACAGCACACAAAAGACCUGGACAAAGAAAAAACACUGAGCAAACAGAUGCUGACUCACAACUGAGAUUUAUUAUGAAAUAGAAGAAAGAGGAAACAAGUAGAAAAUAAAGCAAGGAAUUGUUGUCUACCGAAGUGUUGCGUACGAGUUUGCGGUCUUGUGCAAACGCCUCUCUGCGUGCUCGCACAGGACGAUGCAUUUCUACUCUGAAGCUCCUCAAAGGAACCCACUCAUUAUUAUGCCUCGUACAUAGUAAAACUAACGACACAUGGCACUAAGCCUGCAGAGUGUUCUAUUCUGAUUAGUACUUACAGGGGUUAGGGCAUGGCAAAAAUAAAAGAUGAGAUGAAUAUACUGCCAGGACCCAUCGUAUGUUCCUAUGAUCCGACUAAAUUUGUCUCGAAAAUGGCGCAAUAGUUUGGUAGAUAAAUGAAUUUCUGUGCAGGACCCUCAAACCCACCCGAUUCGACAAUGUGGUCGUGCUUGUUGGGUCGGUGACGACGUCCGCCCAAUGCGCAACGUCCCCUCGUACGCACUCGCAGACUUGGCUCUCUCGGCAUAUAGCGCUUCAGCUUGCACGUUUACCUUCCGUGUUUCAAGCACGCGGUUCGGAGACGGAGACAUCUGCGGCAUUGCUCAUUUCUUCGAAGUGUUCAACACUGAUUGCAGUAGCGACGAGAGUGAUGCUAUCAAAAGAUGUUGGGAACUGGUUCUUUUAACUUCAAACGGCUCGUGACCAGCUCCAGCGACGACGACGAGAUCAUUACAGAUGAACUCGCCGUCGCCUGCUACGAUCGCGCACAUGCAUGCAAGGUGGAAGGUCAAAAAGAAGGGAUGAGAGCGAGGGCGUGUGAUUGCACCGUGGCGAGGUAAUCAUGGGGUGCCUAGAAUGAAAGAGUUACACUAAGUAUGAUGAUGAUGUUGUUUAUGGGCACCAUGGUGAGCAUUGUUGCAUUGUUGCGUCGUCGUGAGACGAAAAUGAUCAACAUUCAUAAACUGAUUAUUUGAAUUACUAGAGCUGUGAAAAUCGCACAGCUUGAUGUACCUAUAUACUAAGUAACCCAUGAACAUUCCAUUUCAAGAAUAGUCUACCUGUGUAAUUUUUUGUGUCCUAACCCCUUUAACAUUGACGACGAGAACGGGAAACGAAGAGGAGAAAGAAUGUGAUUCCUUUGCUCGUUUGCAUUGUCUUUCUUCUCUUUCAUUAAUUUAUCUCAGCUGGGUGUCAGUGCCUGUUCCAUGUUACUUCUCUUUGUCCAUACCUUUUGUGAGUUGUCAUAUUUCAUUAUGUUUUAAAUGAUCACCACCCCACCCAGCUUACUACAUUACUGCUAGUUUCACCGAGCUGCAAUUAAUACGUCUCCAGUAGGAGAAAUAAUUUUGCUGCCUCCCUUAAUGCUCGAUUCAUCGUAAGGAAUGAAGCACUUCUUGCGAGAAAUUUCGCACAAAAAGUUUCCUCAUAAAGAAUUUCCCGUACAGUGCCCAGGUUCUCUGACUGCUGCAUGCACGAUGGUCUGAUAGAGUUAGUGUGAGAAUCUGCAUGUUCUUGCCUUUUUGUUACGGAUGUUGAUACGUUGUCGGAUGUUCUCGUUAAAAGUUGCAAGAUGUAUUCGCUCGCUCCUCCCAAGAAUGCCUGUGAGGUUCCCCCUCGGCGCUUCGGGGGGGGGGGGGGAAGCGUGUUGUCGGAGUAAACUGCGGGGCGAGAGACGGUGAAGGAGCAAUAAGCGACGGGCUCCGCAUAUCUGCAGUUGGGCAAUCCUCAGAAAAGGAGGACGGAUGGCUGACGGGGCCCAAUUUGAUGGAUAUUGUUGAAAGUGCAACGCAGCACGUACAACCACACUGCCAUUCUGCUCUCAUAUUCGUGGUGAAACUGGAGAAACCGACAUUAUGACCGAAACCAAUAUCGCCUAGAAGACAAGGACUGCAUUCUCUCCACCCCCAGACGUCGUCAUUAGUGAAUUCGUGCAGCACCGCCCAGCUUGCGUCAGCGUUGGCUACCGGUGCAUUUCGCAAUGAGGGCAAUGCUAGCAUGCGGCGGCACCGAGACUUACCUGCAUGCCGUUUUUAGGCGUCUCCUGUCAAGUUUCAAUGUGUUCGCGCUUGGGGCCGGUUGGAGGUCCGCUAACGAUGACGUCAUGCUUGGGCCUUGUCUUCUACGUGUUAUUGCAACGGGAGUAAUCUUGGCUGGGGUGCGUGCAUGAGGGCUGGCCUCCGUCUUCCUUUUUCGCAACGGCCCUCGGUAAAUCGAAGAAUAGUCGUCCGUGUCUCGUCUUUCACGCGUCUUUGUUCUUUUACUAAAAAGCAAAAGCAAGUACUUUACUGGGAAGCAAACUUUUUACUCUGCUAAUUCGCGUUAGCAUGGGUGCCUUCGGCAUGAAAUCCUUCCCUGGUAGUGUUUGCGAAUGCAUGUGCUGUCUCGUAGUCAAUUUGCCGGGACGGUCGUCUCGGCCGGCGCUCGCUCGGCUCGUGAUGACAGAGGGCGCCAGCCACCCCUCCUAAUUCAAAAGGGAAAACACUGAGACUGGGGCGCAUUCGGCAGUUCAAACUACUCAAAGCCUGUCUGUGCCCAUCCUCUAGUGUUAUGCGGAGUGAGAUGUAUUCCCUAGCAAAAUAUUUGACGAAGGGAUAUCCAUGAGAGAAUAUUUCCGAAAUUAUUUUGAAAUAAAAGAAUUUUAUUAAAGAA